AGUACCUAGUUCAAUUCUCAUUUUCAUUUUACCAAAUUUUCUGAUUUCAUAUAAAUGUUUACAUUGAUUCCUGAAUCUUGAGGUGAAGUAUGAAAGUCCACGCACGAGAAUUGCUUGCUUCGUGUCGUUGUGAGAGUGAUGCUCGUGUUCCCUGAUUAAACUCCAAAUUCUUCACAUAUCAGAUUAGAUUUCGAAAGCGAGUGAGUGGAAGAAACAUACAUGGAAGGAGACGGUCUGAAAUUGGUCAGAUGGGGUUACGAGGUUCGAACUUCAUCUGAGCCCUGCAUCUCCGCCAUCAACUCCUACUACCAUCAGGUGAUGAGCUAUGGCAGAGAUAGGUGUGUGAUUCUUGAUGCGCUGGACCAUGAUAACAACUGUGUCCUGGCUAACAUCUUAGCCGCUCAUUUCCUUCUAUCCGUUGACCCUUUUCGAGCUUCCUCUUGUCUUCUCUCCGCCAAAUUGCACCUUGAAAAUGCUACAUUCUAUGAGAAACUAGUUUUUGAAUGCAUUAAUUACUUGAUAUCUGAAGAGAGAGAUGAUGAUGUGGCUCUUCAACUGCAUUCUAAGGUUCUAAAAGAGUUUCCAAAGGAUCUAGUUACACUAAAGAGAGCACAAAUCUUGUGCUUCUAUAUGGGUCGGCCUGAUCUGUCUUUCUCACUUGUUAAUCAGGUUCUGCCCCAAAAUGAAGGAGAAAACUACUUAUAUGGCAUGCUUGCUUUUCCUUUAUUGGAGCUUGGAAAAAUGAGAGAUGCUGAGGAAGCUGCAAAAAGGGGACUCAACAUCAAUGAGGAAGACAGCUGGUCACAGCAUGCUCUUUGCCAUGUUCUUCAAUACGAGUGCCGUUUUAAAGAAGCUGUGAACUUCAUGGAAAAAUGUUCACCAUCAUGGAGUUCUCUUUCAUCUUUUAUGUUAACCCACAAUUGGUGGCAUGUAGCCCUUUGUUACUUAGAAGGUAGUGCACCAAACCAAAGAGUGCUUGAAGUAUAUGACAAUCAUAUAUGGAAGGAGUUAGACAAAACUGAUGCCCAUGGCGCAGAGGUUUACUUGAAUGCCGUGGGUUUGCUUUUGCGGUUGUAUGUACGAGGUGAAUCAGAUCUCACUGAUAAUCGUCUCAAGGUGCUUGCUGAAUGCCUAACCGAUCAAGCAAACUGGUAUCUAGAGUGGCACCUUGAUGUAUUGACAGUGUGGGCUUUGGCAAAAUCUGGAAAAUUUUCUGAAGCAGCAGAUCUCCUUAAGGGUUUGAAAGAAAGGGUUUCAAGGAUGAAUAUAAAGAAACAACAAUCAAUGCAGAGAGCAAUGAGGCUUGCAGAAGCAGUUUAUGCGUAUGGAACAGGUAAUGACAAACAUGGAGUGGAAUUACUAGGUCCAGAUUUUGAUGCCAUGGAUUAUAAGAUAAUUGGGGCAUCUGAUGAACAAGUUGAUGUAUUCAAUGAUGUUUGGUUUAGCAUGUUGCUGAAUGCUGAAGAAGCAAUGAAGGCCAUUGAAGCAAUCGAAAAGCAAAUCAAGAAGAGGGAAGGCAUCCCCUUAUAUUGGCGAAUGCUGGAGAGAGCGUACAAACUCGCAAACAGGCCAGAAGCUGAACAUGCAAAGGCGAAGGCCAAGGCAUUGGAGGAAUCUUAUUUCAACUAAAGGAACAAGAAACAAUUAUAUCGUAUACGUUUCUUGCACAAAUGCUACAAGUUGUUUUGUAGCUUGUAGUGGUAACCAAGUAUGUAAAAUAAGGCAAUGUGUUAGAUCCAUCAGAUUAAACUUGGUGUAUCAUGUCGAAGUGAUUUAAUGGUAUAAAUUUACAUGAUGCAUUAUCAUAUAUCAUACACCAAAUUUAUACCACUAGAUUACCUUAUAGGCAUGAUACGCCAAGUUGUGUAUCAUAACUGUAUCAUAACAUUCUCUAUGAAAUAAAUGUAAAGGGAUACAGGCUUGCGGUGGGGUUUGAUCCCCACCAAUGCGAAAUUUCCCCUUCAAUUGCA